UACAUACAACCCACAACGCCACCGCAACCCACGAUUCUCGCCCUCGACGCACCACCAGCAAUGGCCCAACCGCGUUCCUAACACCCCUUCCAACCAACCACCAACCACCCUCGACCCCACAACACCACCACACCACCAAACCAGCGCCAAAAACCUCAGCGCAACCCACCACCACACGACGCCCGCCCGCCCGCACAAUGCCACACACAGCGCGCCGCGCCCCCGCGCCCCCUCCCUUCUCCUCCCGCACCAAACGCGCCACCCUCCCCCUCGACGACGGCUGGAGCGUCGUCACUACGACCAAGAGCGCGCGCGCCCGUCCUCGUCGCCGCGGCCCGCCUUCUAGUACCACGACGACGACGACGACGCCGAAUGGCAGCACGAGAACUACGCUUGCGGCUGCGGAUGAGGAGUUGGAUCUUCAUGGCUCGCAAGAUCCGCACGACAUGCUCACGGCCCAUGUGCCCACUGGCCCCAUGCCCAUUGCGCCCGGCACGACGAAAGCGCGGGUCCUGCACCGCGUGAACACGUGCCGGACACGCUGGGCAGAGAGCGCAUGCGCGGCCGAAGUGCGGAAGCUGGUUGCGCGGGCGGGGCAGGCGAGGAAGCGCGGCAGCAGGCUCCGCCGCGCAGUGUGUCUGGGGCUGGGGAGCCUGAGCGGGGAAAACGCCGCGCUGUGUGCGCGCAGCGUGUGGCAGCUGGUGGCGUUUCUGGAGCUGGUGAAGCUUGUAACGGGGCGAGACGAGGCGAGUGGGGAGGACGUGGAGGGGGAGAAGGUGGACGUGCAGGUCUAUGCUGAGGACCCGGUGUUUAAUGCGCUGGAUGAGGAAGUCUUAAGAGAUGUUGGCGUCGUGGUGCUCAGAGCUGCAGAGGGCGAGGUCGCGGCUUCAGCGCAGCAUAUCGCGCCCGACUGCAUGGUGUUUGCGCCGUUUAUGCCGUGGUUCGUGAUGCUGCCGCAUUUUCUGCGCGAUCGGCAUCCCGCGCUGUAUAUUGGCAGCGAUGUGGCGGACAUGCUGGAGGCGGCGCAGAGGCGGGCUGACGGACAUGACGCCACGCCCCUCGACCACGUCAGCGUGCUUGCUGCGCGCGCUUCUCUGGCACAGAACCGCGACACAGCGCCCUUUCCGCUGUUCGACUUGCUGGAUGGCGCGUUGAACCCGAUGGUGGUGUCGUGGGUGAAGCGGGAAGAUGACGAUGACGACGACGACGACGACGACGAAAGGGAAAAGGGGGAGAGCGAAAGGAAAGAGGAUGCGGAUGCUGGGGAGCAGCUGGUGGAGGGCGUAAAGGGGCUGCAUGUCUGAAGGCCCACUGCGUGGCGCGGCUCCCUCGCCCUUGUCUUG